GGUUGUAUGUUUGAAUCUGUUAGUAGACGAUGUAAUUUUAUGGCUCAUAAUGUGGCCAAGUGGGCGUUUUCCCAUCAGAGGUUCGGCUCUUUGCCUCUAUCAUCUCUGCCUGAAACUAUAUUUUGUAAUGACCACGAGGUCUGACUGAUUUUAUUCUAAUGCAUGUACGCUUUUCUUCAAAAAAAAAAAAAAUGUCCGCAAUGAGAGAAUAUAUAGUAGAGAGAAACAAUCAUGGGUACCAGAAAUAUUGAUGAUGAUGUUACUCACGACUUAUCGGCUCUAUUAUCUUCUGCCCACAGAGAUUUUCUCGUCCGCAACAAUGGUGAUGAGGUUGAGAUUAGUAGUUUGCAUGGGAAACCUAUUGGAUUGUAUUUUUGUGGAUCAUGGUAUGAACCGUGCCGCCAUUUUACCCCAAAAUUAGUGGAACUCUAUAACGAGCUGGUUGGUUCGGAAGAGUUUGAAGUGGUGUUUGUGUCUUCUGAUCCAGAUGAGGAAUUAUUUAAUGACAACUUCUCAGAAAUGCCAUGGCUUGCUAUUCCAUUUUCCGAUACUGACACCAUAAAACGACUGUAUGAAACUUUUGAUGUAAUGGGGAUUCUUCAGCUUAUAUUUAUCGAUUCAAAUGGGAAGGUUUCGACGGAUAAUGGGGUCUCAAUUAUGGAAGAAUAUGGUGUUGAUUCAUACCCUUUUUCUCGUGAAAGAUUUUAUAUCUUGAUAGACCAAAAGGAAGAAACUAAGAGGAACCAAACCUUGAGUUCUAUUUUGGUAUCUAGCUCUCGUAACUAUCUGCUUUCCAAAGAUGGGAAUCAGGUACUUGUGUCUGAGAUUGAAGGUAAAACAGUUGGACUCUUAUUAAUGAGUUGUGAUGAAUCAUGUGUUGAAUUUGCUAAUACACUUAUUGAGGUUUACAAUAAGCUCAAAGAUAAAGGUGAGAAUUUUGAAGUUGUGUUAAUAUCUCUGAAUUAUGAAGAGGAAGAAUUCAAAAAAGUAUUGGAAACAAUUCCAUGGUUGGCCUUACCAUAUAAGGAUAGGACUAAUGAGAAACUUGUGUAUUACUUUGAUAUUUCAAGCCUUCCUACUCUAGUUAUAAUAGGUCCGGAUGGUAAGACUGUGAACUCCAAUGUAGUUCAAAUGGUAAAAGAACUUGGCAUCGAUGCCUACCCUUUUACACAAACAUGAAUCCCAAAACACUUACUAGUUUUUGGGAUGGUUCUUGAUGAUAUUGUUGUUGCCAUGCAUAUAUGGGAGGAAAUGGGAAAUGGAUAUAUGUUGUUAUUCUAAUGUGAGGAAUGUGACUUUGAUCAUCAAAGCAAAAUAUGCUUUUGGAGAAGGUUUAAGAAGAGAGUAAAAAUGGUCAUGGUGUUUGAGAAUGAAAAAGAGGGAAUUGUUUGUGAAAUAGUUUAAAUAAAUCUAAGCUCUGUAUGUUUGUAUUUCUAUGGUUUGCCAUGGUGUGUGUGUGUAUUGUCAUCUCAUUGCAAAUGUUGCUUGUAAGUUGUAAUUCCACUAUGUAUGCAAAUAAUUUUGUUGACUAGAGGUUAUAUGAUGAUGAAUGUGUUUCCUUAUUAUUGGGUCA